CUUAGUUUCAUAAUAUAUUGUAAUAAAAAAUUAAAAUUAAUUUGUCAGUCUAUAUUAAGUGUAUUUGAAUUUGAAAACUCAACUUAAUUCACUUUCACAUUUCAGUGGUGUUGCUAUUUUAAAUACAUGGUAUUUUGAAUUAUUUUUUUUUUUUGUUAUUAUUAGUAGCUAUAUUUUAAUAGAUAUGCAUCCUGACUUGUCGCCUCAUUUGCACACGGACGAAUGUAACAACUUAACUAUGGAAUUUAAAAAUUGUAGCUCAGAAGUAAGAAACUUAACUCAAAACAUAAUGUUGUUUGUAAUCUAAUUGCAUGGAUUUCAAUUCCAGCACUAUCUUUUGAGAUUUGUUGGCAAAUGCGAUAAAGCUUAUGAUCGAAUGGUUCACUGCUUUCACUUAGAGGUAUGUUUAAAUUUAGGUAUUAAUAACAAUUUUACUAUAGUGUUUGUUAUUUUGAAAUAUUAUUACAAUUAGAGUUCUUCAUGAUUUGGUAAUUGUUGUAAUUUAUACAUUUUUUUUUACUGUAUAAUACCUACUUCAUUGUCACGUUUAGUAUAAAUUUAUCUAUGAAUUGAUUAACGAAAAUGUAAUUAGAUACUUAUUAAUUUUGAUUACUGAUAUCAAAAUUUAACCGUGUAUCAGUGUCCAAUAGAAUUAAUUUGUAUAAUGGCAUUGCCAUUAUUACAAAUAUUAUAUACAUUUAAUUUCCUCCGAGUAUAUUUAACUUAAUAAUAAUGUAAUAUGAAUUGGUAUAAAUUUGAAAAGCCUAUCUUAAGAGGAAACACAGACAGGAGGGUGAAAAAUCUCUGGGGAUUUGGUUCUAGUAUAAAGAUACACUGACAUGCUUGCUGGAACUUGAUCUGAAGCACUGCCGUACAAUCAGAUAAUUUUUUACUAUCAUAUCUGAGACUGUAGUUCGGACUUGCUACAGACCAUAUUAUGCUAACCUAUAAAUAUGAAGUGUUAAAAAUAAAUAUUGGAAAAUAAUUCAGGCAGAAAUAUUUUAACCAGAACUUAUAAAAUAUAAAAAAAAUAUUUAGUCCAAAAAUAUAUUUUUUUUUGUACUAAAAUUCAAAAUAAUAGUCAAAUAUAUUGUUAGAAAAUAUUUUUGUCACAACGUACUUUACUGUUGUAGUUUAAAAAUAUAUUUUAUCAUAUUUUAACCAGAAGUAUUAUUACAUUUAAAUAAAUCUAAAACAAAUUUCAUGCAAUAGCCACAAAAUUAUGAAUUAAAUUAAAAGAAUGUAUACAUUUCGUUUAUAAUAUAUAAAAUACGUUCGAUCAUAUUUUCCAUGUCAAUGCUUUUCGGCCAACAGGCCAAUAGGUGAAUUUCUUUUCUAUAUGAAGUAGGUAUUAUACAGAUCCUUAUGUAUUCUUCAUGAAUAUGUUAACAUUAGCAUUAUGGUUUUUGAAUAAUAUUUUUAACAUAAUAAAAAAUGUGUACUUCUAUUUAUAAAAUACUAAAACUACGUAUAAUAAGAUGUAAACUCAGUUAUCAAAAAUGUACAAGUAAAUACUAUUAUAAACAAUAAACAACAUUUUUAUAUCAAACAUUUAAUGCAAUUAUUUAUUAUAUAAAUAUAUAUAUAUAUAUAUAUAUAUAUAUUGAAGAUACAAACUAAAAACAAAAAAAUAACAAUUAGCUUAUCUUUGAUAAUUUCUCAUAAUUAUUUUUAAUUUUUAAAAAACUAUUUUGAUUGGCUUCUAUGACAAUCAUUUAAUGAUUAUUUAAAAUACACAGAUUAUACAAAUUAUAUUUAAAUACUUACUCAUAAAAAUUUCAAUUCACGUUUUUUUCAGCGAGUAGCAAAGCGUCAAUCUAAUUAUGAAAAAGCCAUGAAACAUCAAGAAUUAGUAAGACAAAGGAUGCGUGAAGAUAUGAGAUCAGAAAGACAGCAAAGCAUUUAAAUAAUUAAGAUAUAAUGUAUUCACUGUGCACAUAGAUUUAGGGUUAUUUUUGUUAAAUAAUAAAUAUAACAUACAAUUGUUUAUAACUGAGACUAGCUUCUUUAUUUUCCUUUGAUUUAUAGGAACUAAAAUUAAAACACAUAAUGUCA